GGGGGAGGAGGGGUUAUCUUAACUCAGGGGCCACAGUUCAAUUACAGGAGAAAUUAAUAUUUGAAUACAUUAUAUUAUGAGUUAUUAUUGUAGUUUUCCUCAUUUUCCUCAGAUUUACCCAUACAAAAAAAAAAAAAGAUUCAAAAUAAUGCUAAUAAACAGCUAUGGCUUUAACUUUGUUAAAAUAUGAUAUUUUUGUGUGUGUACUCUGGUCUAUAUUAUGAGUUAUUAUUGUAGUUUUCCUCAUUUUAAUCACUUUUUCUGCUACCUCUCCAAAAGAUUUGCCUAUACAAAAAAAAAAGAUAUAAAAUAAUGCUAAUAAACGGCUUUAACUUUGUUAAAAUAUUAUAUAUUUUUCCUCAUUUUUAAUCACUUUUUCUGCUAUACUUCCCAAGAAAGAUUUACAAAAAAAAAAAAAAGAUACAAAAUAAUGCGAACAAACAGCUUUAACUUUGUUAAAACAUUAUAUUUUUUUGCGUGUGUGUACUCUGGUCAUAAUAUUCAUCUAUUUGCAGCGCCUCCACCUCCACCGCGCGUCAAAAAGCUCCGGGCUCCUCUUGGCCCAACCUAUCCGCCUGUAGCGCCUCCUACCCGGGAUGCUCUGAGCCUUCUUCCUCCCGGUGGUGGUGGUGGGUCCCCCGUGUUAGUUGCGAUGUAGUUCUUAUCAAAGCCCUCCUGUCUUGUUGUGACAGCUCUGAUAUUGUUUAUUGAGGUGGAUGUCAGCUUUAAUUAGCAAUCGAUACAGGGGGAGCGUUUGCAGAAGAGCGCGCCUCUGACGUCACAGCCCAUUACCGCCUCUCAUUGGGUCUCUUAUUCCCAGAGCCUGAUGGGCUAAUUAUUGGGAGGGUUCAUGUGGAUAAAGUACAGCUCAUCCCUCCCUUCACAUCAUGUCCCCUACUCGUUGGCCACACUCACUGCAUGCUUUUUAAAAAUUCCCCAUCCAGACGUCGUUUUUUCCCUCUUUUUUUGCCUGGCGGGAUGAUGGACAGCAGGAUACUGGAUGCACCUCACGCCCAGUUCGGAGGCUCUCUCGGCGGGAUGGUGGGCUUCCCGUACCAUCUGAGCCACCAUCACGUUUACGAAUUAGCCGGGCAUCAACUUCAAUCUGCGUCCGCGGUUGUUCCCUUCUCAAUAGACGGAUUACUCAAUGGUUCCUGCACGGCUUCAGUGGGCAGCUCCAACAACCUCUUGUCUUCGGGCUGCGGGAUGAAUGGAGAUAAUCAGCAGUACAAACUGUCAGACUCGGGGGACCCAGACAAAGAUAGUCCUGGUUGCAAGAGACGGAGAACUCGCACAAAUUUCACUGGUUGGCAGCUGGAGGAAUUAGAAAAGGCUUUUAAUGAGAGCCACUAUCCAGACGUGUUCAUGAGGGAGGCUCUGGCUCUUCGAUUGGAUUUGAUAGAAUCAAGAGUUCAGGUAUGGUUUCAGAACCGCAGAGCCAAAUGGAGGAAAAAGGAGAACACAAAGAAAGGUCCAGGUCGACCUGCUCACAACGCCCACCCGACCACCUGCAGCGGGGAGCCCAUGGACCCGGAGGAGAUCGCCCGCAGAGAGCUGGACCGGAUGGAGAAGAAGAAACGGAAGCAGGAGCGACGCUUGCUCAAGUCCCAGAACAGGCUCGCUGCCGGGGAUUUAUUUCACACCCCGGGAUCAGACAGCGACAGCGGCUUGUCGCAUGUGACCGACAGCGACCACACUGGUCCGCCUUAUGACAACCAAUCGAGCUGCGACCAAACACCUCUCCACCAGACCCACCAGAACCAAAGACACUUGGACCGGGAUGCUGCUGGUGCUGGAUCCGAGCUGGACUCAAGCCUGUUAUGCUCCAGCAGCAACAUCAACAACAACAGCAGCAGCAGCAGCAGCAGUAGUGCGUCCAGCGUGCAGAAACUGAACCCUUUUAGCGUCGAGAGCCUCCUUUCUGACUCCAGACCGAGACGCAACCCGGCGGCCUUACAGUCCUCACGGCCUUUAAUUGGUAAAGGACACUUCCUGCUCUAUCCCAUCACACAGCCACUUGGAUUCAUUGUUCCUCAAACUGCUCUGAAAACGACAACAACAACAACAACAACACCAGUAGCGAGCUGUGACAGUGACGCACCAGCGUCAGAGAGAAACCAUACCACUGUCCGCUGCUGCUGCUCGCCGGACUCUGCAGACGCACCUCUAAAUAAAGCACAGGUGGGGUCAGAGGACAAGACGCUUUCACCACACACCACUGCCUUUCCCACUGGCAAAACUCAGACCUCUGUUAUUUGCAGCGAUUCGACGACUUUCGCCAUGCACGAACACAGUCCACAACUCAUUAAUAAUAAGCCUGCAGUCGAUGCAGACAGAAAAAAAGAGCAUUUAGAGAUCAAGGAGCAGCACCCUGAGUGUGUCCUCAGUGACAGUCCAGCACAAACAAAGACAACAGACUCUAAAAAAGAAGAUGUCGACAUGGAAUAAAAUCAUUGGGGGUAAAAAAAAAAAAAUAGUGAUAUAGCCUCUUAACGACACCUUUUCAUUAUAGGCCAAAGCUUAACCAGACAUCUUUGCAUCAUAGGUUUUCCCCACUUUUGCUGAUAUUUUGACAAUGGUGUGUUCUCUAUCUCUCUCUCUCUCUUCUUCUUCUUCUCUCUCUCUCUCCCUCUCUGCGAGUGUGUAUGUAUGUGUGUGUGUGAGUCAGGAAGUCUCUAGAUAUCCUUUAAUGUGUGAUAACUUGUCAAAAAAAAAAAGACCAACAAAGAUCCUCAAGAGCUGUAAAAAAAAAAGGUAUUAUACUAUUUAUAUAUGUAAGGUUUUUUCUUAAAUAAAUCUAUUGUAUACAAGCACCUCGAAA